CCUGUUAAAGCCACGCUGUUCAUUUUACCUACACGAGUGGAAGUACUAAACACUUUUUAAAAAAUAAAUAAAAAAUAAAAAUGCCUGCAAAAACCAAGUAUAACCUGGUGGAUGAUGGGCACGAUCUGAGGAUCCCUCUGCACAACGAGGAAGCAUUCCAGCAUGGGAUCAACUUCGAGGCAAAGUACAUCGGCAGCCUGGAUGUGACGCGGCCGAACAGCCGAGUGGAGAUCGUGGCUGCGAUGAGACGAAUACGGUAUGAAUUCAAGGUGAAAAACAUCAAGAAGAAAAAAGUCAACAUCAUCGUGUCUGUAGACGGCGUGAAAGUCAACUUGAGGAAAAAGAAAAAAAAGAAGGAGUGGACGUGGGAUGAGAGCAAGAUGAUGGUGAUGCAGGACCCCAUUUACAGGAUAUUCUAUGUGUCUCAUGACUCCCAGGAUCUGAAGAUUUUCAGCUACAUCGCCAGAGACGGACAGAGUAACGUCUUUCGCUGCAAUGUCUUCAAGUCCAAGAAGAAGAGUCAGGCCAUGCGUAUUGUUCGGACAGUCGGCCAGGCGUUCGAGGUUUGUCACAAACUGAGUCUGCAGCACACGCAGCAGAACGCUGACGGACAGGAGGACUGCCACAGCGAGAAGAACGGCAGCGACUCCAUCGCAGGCGUGCGUGCUUAUCCACCUGUAUGUGUGUGUACUUUCCUCGGCCCAGCUCGGGAGCUAACGGGCACGGAGAAGACGGCGUCCGUCACCGAGGAGACGGACAUCGACGCGGAGGAGGUGAUCCAGGCGGUGCCGGCAGCAGAGGAGUCGAACCUCAAUAGAGGAGUCACCGAUCUGGACGCCACAGCCAAGACGCCCGACCUGAACCACUCGGAGAACAAGGCGUCAGAGGAGGCCUCUCUGCUGAUAUCCAGCCCCAGGAUGCUGCUCCCUGCGUCGGGCACGCUGCCACCAGGUGCCCCCCUGUCUGUCCAUCACCAGAUCCAGCUGCUGCAACAGCAGCUCCAGCAGCAGCAGCAGCAGACACAAGUGGCUGUGGCACAGGUCCACUUGCUGAAGGACCAGCUGAGUGCAGAGGCCACAGCUCGACUGGAGGCUCAGGCUCGAGUCCAUCAGCUGCUGCUCCAGAACAAAGACCUGCUGCAGCACAUCUCGCUGCUGGUUAAACAGAUCCAGGAGCUGGAGACUAAGAUGUCCGGACCAAACUGCAUGGGAUCUCAGGACAGUUUGUUGGAGAUCACCUUCAGGUCCACAAUACCAUCAGUGAUCUGCGACCCCACAACGCCGAAACCCGAGGUGUCCACCAUCAACCUCCCCGCGCUGGGCAACUCUGAUGGGACCAGCAACGCCUUCUCAUCUUCCAACGGGACUCUGGGAAGCCCCCUAGGUAGGGACCAGUGUCUUCUCAAACUGGAGUGUUUCCGUUUCCUCCCGGGCCCUCCGCUUCCUCGACUCCCCUCUCCUCCCCUGCUGCUCAAGGCUAAAACGCCGGAGCGUAAAGAUCAAGAGGUCUCCGACACAAAGCUGUUCCCCCGCGACGGCAAAUCUCUGGGCUUCCUGGACUUUGCCAGGUUUCGCGAGUCGGGCAUCGCCUCGGAGUACGAGUCGAACACAGACGACAGCGAUGACAAUGAGGAUGAGGGGGAGGACGAUGAGGAGGAAGGGUUGGAGAUCUUUGGCUGGGGGACGGACGAGGAGACGCUGAGGCUGCUUAACGUUCUCAACAGACAGGGAACCCCCGACUGUCUGGGAGAUGAGAUAGCGGUGUAACACACUAACCUGCUCCCCUGACGAUAAAACACAAUAGCCUUGACCUGUUUUCGUCCAUUCACAUCAAACUACUCUGUAGGAAUAACCACGUAGAGAACUAACCUCCGUCAGACGUGCACAAUUAUAUACACACAGAUCACGCCGACAUGUUGGUGUAACAGGAAAGACUCACAUGAAAAAAUACAUUUGCCGUAGGCGGCGAGAAUCGAGUAGCUCUGAUGUCACGUACACGUCUUGGUUGGCUUUCAUACAGAGCCUGAACAUGUCAGUCACUCAGGCGUUCAUUCACUUUGUUUGGGAAGGCAGCGUGUGUUAUUUAUUUGUUAAUGUAUUACACCAGAUCAGUCACUAUAAGAACAUUCCCCUGCCUGUACUGUGUCUGUUCUGACGUAUCUUCUUAAAAAAAGAUAUAUUUUAUUUAUCAGAUUAUUUAUUUACUAUAAUUACAUGUUGGAUUAUGUGUCAGGACUGUCAGAUUGUCCUGGAUCAGGGCUACAGCACGAGUUAAACACAUUUCAGUGAUCCCCCGUGUCUAAGCUGUAGAGAUCUAUGAAUGUACAGAGGUGUUAGAAGCAGCCGGAGCUCCUGAUAAAUAAAUCAGUCACACUCGCUCAGAGAGCCAUCUUUAACUGUCACAUUAGUGUUUGUUUGCUGCCAAUAAAUACAUGAAUGAAGAUUCACACUCACUGAGAAUGUAAGGACCUCCUGCGGGCCGGGAUGCACCAGCAAAGAUGAAUUUAAUCUCAUCAGAGUUUUAAACAAGUAUAUCAAGAUUAUAAAGAAAAGUAUUCUCAGUUUAGUAAGUCCAAGUUUGUUGAGUUAAAUCAAUGUUGAGAUGUUUGCUUUAACGUUUGGCUUCAUCAUUUCGCCUUCUCUGAUUCUUCUUCAUUCACCUUCGGUGGCGUAAAAUCUCAGGGCGAGCAUGAAUCGGUCGCACAGCUGCAUUUCUUCCACUGCCACGUCUGACAGUUGGUUCAUGACAGUUUGAGAAAAAUUAGGAUUGAGUCUGUCUCAAAAAAAAAGAAAAGGCAGCUGUAUUAAAAGUUAAACAUCCUGCCGGAUCACGAUUUUCCAUUUUUUUGUGAAACAGAAUUAAAUUUAUACAAGUUUUCAAUUAAGUGUGGUUUAAAGAGAGGAUUAAAUUUCAUCUCUGUUAUUUUACGAUGAUAAUUUAAAGUUCAACCAUUUAAUCUGGUUUAAAAAUUCAUCGUUGUUGGUGCAACCUGGCCUAAAUAUGCCCUAUUGGUCUCAAUAGAAAACUGUGAUCUCUAAACUUUAUGCAUAUUCACACACCGACACUAGACUUAGUCCUUAAAAUCCACGGCUUCUCUCCAUCCUUUUAUUUUGCCUCUAUCCUUAAUUACAGAUACUUUUAAUAUACAUAUCACAUGCGUGUGCACACACAGAUUUGGGAGCUCUGUAACAAAAUCAGGGAGUUUAGUCUUCAUCUUCUUUUUUAUUUCCCUCCUUUCAUCAGAUUGAAAUUGUUAGUCUGUCUUCAUCGUGAAGAUGUCAGGAUGUAACAUGAAGUCAAACCAAAAGUUAAGGUUAGUUCAGGGGCAAGCUUUGGAUCGUAGCUGUCAGUCAGACCGGCAGGAACGAGUGGUCAGAGUUUCUUUGGGGACUGAAGAGGCUGACGAGCUCUCGAGUGAAGAUGAACACUUCAGCCAAACCCUGGGAGGAACUUUACUGCCUCUGUUUGGAGAGGGGAAAGUCCUUUCUUUCUCGGCUGAUAUUUAAUCAAAGACUAUUUUUAGACAAAAAUCUGUAUCUGUACUGUACGUACAAACUUUGUUUUCUACGUCGUCCCACUGAACUGUUGAACUGCUCCAUCCUUGACUUCUGCAGGCAGUCCUCUUUUCUUCUUUUUUUGUCUCUUCACAGUUUGUUGACUUGGUAGUCAGAGCAUGUUUGCACUCUUCUCACUUGUCCAGACAUUUCCACGCUUUUUAAUUUAUGUAAAGCCGGGAUUAGUUGGACCUCGAGGAACGCUGUUUGUUUCUUUUAUUCUCCCCGUAAACAAAAACUCCUCCCUCGUGCCAGAACAGCAGCUCACGGAUGACAGCCAGAAGUGGUCUCGUUUGUUUAAACCCAGCUCUGUGUAUGGCCUCCAAGCACAAUGCAGUAUUAAAGUGUUC